GUGCUGGCGCUGCUCGCCGGCUGCCUGCUCCCCGUGUGCCGGACGCGAGUCUACACCAACCACUGGGCAGUCAAAAUCGCCGGCGGCUUCCCGGAGGCCAACCGCAUUGCCAGCAAGUACGGCUUCAUCAACGUAGGACAGAUCGGGGCCCUGAAGGACUAUUACCACUUCUACCAUAGCAGGACGAUUAAAAGGUCAGUUCUCUCGAGCAGAGGAACCCACAGUUUCAUUUCGAUGGAACCAAAGGUGGAGUGGAUCCAACAGCAGGUGGUGAAAAAACGGACCAAGAGGGAUUAUGACUUCAGUCAUGCCCAGUCUACUUACUUCAAUGAUCCCAAGUGGCCAAGCAUGUGGUAUAUGCACUGCAGUGACAACACGCACCCCUGCCAAUCGGACAUGAACAUUGAAGGAGCCUGGAAGAGAGGCUACACGGGAAAGAACGUUGUGGUGACCAUCCUGGACGACGGCAUUGAGAGGACGCACCCGGAUCUGAUGCAGAACUAUGAUGCUCUGGCCAGUUGUGACGUGAAUGGGAAUGACUUGGACCCAAUGCCUCGUUAUGAUGCAAGCAACGAGAACAAGCAUGGGACCCGCUGUGCUGGAGAAGUGGCAGCCGCAGCAAACAACUCUCACUGCACAGUCGGAAUUGCUUUCAAUGCCAAGAUCGGAGGAGUCCGAAUGCUGGACGGGGAUGUGACAGACAUGGUGGAGGCGAAGUCAGUCAGCUUCAACCCCCAGCACGUGCACAUCUACAGCGCCAGCUGGGGCCCCGACGAUGACGGCAAGACUGUGGACGGCCCAGCUCCACUCACCCGGCAGGCCUUUGAAAACGGCGUCAGAAUGGGGCGGAGAGGCCUGGGCUCUGUUUUUGUCUGGGCGUCAGGCAAUGGCGGAAGGAGCAAAGACCACUGCUCCUGUGACGGCUACACCAACAGCAUCUACACCAUCUCCAUCAGCAGCACAGCCGAGAGUGGAAAGAAGCCGUGGUACCUGGAAGAGUGUUCCUCCACACUGGCCACAACCUACAGCAGCGGAGAGUCCUACGAUAAGAAAAUAAUCACUACGGACCUGAGGCAGCGGUGCACGGACAACCACACGGGGACAUCUGCCUCAGCCCCCAUGGCUGCGGGCAUCAUUGCACUGGCCCUGGAAGCCAAUCCGUUUCUGACCUGGAGAGACGUGCAGCAUGUUAUUGUCAGGACUUCCCGUGCAGGACAUUUGAACGCUAAUGACUGGAAAACCAAUGCUGCUGGUUUUAAGGUGAGCCAUCUCUAUGGUUUUGGACUGAUGGAUGCAGAAGCCAUGGUGAUGGAGGCGGAGAAGUGGACCACUGUUCCUCAGCAGCAUGUGUGUGUAGAGAGCACAGACCGACAAAUCAAGACAAUUCGCCCCAACAGUGCCGUGCGCUCCAUCUACAAAGCGUCGGGCUGCUCGGAUAACCCCAACCACCAUGUCAACUACCUGGAGCACGUAGUUGUGCGCAUAACCAUCACCCAUCCCAGGAGGGGUGACCUGGCCAUCUACCUGACCUCACCCUCAGGAACCAGGUCCCAGCUUUUGGCCAACAGGCUUUUUGACCACUCCAUGGAAGGAUUUAAAAACUGGGAGUUCAUGACUAUUCACUGCUGGGGAGAACGAGCCGCCGGCGACUGGAUCCUUGAAGUCUACGACACUCCCUCCCAGCUGAGGAACUUCAAGACUCCAGGUAAAUUGAAAGAAUGGUCUUUGGUACUCUAUGGCACCUCCGUGCAGCCAUACUCACCAACCAACGAGUUUCCUAAAGUGGAACGUGUCCGCUACAGCCGAGUCGAAGACCCCACCGAUGACUAUGGUACAGAGGAUUAUGCAGGUCCCUGCGACCCUGAGUGCAGUGAGGUCGGCUGCGAUGGGCCAGGACCAGACCACUGCAAUGACUGUUUGCACUACUACUACAAGCUGAAAAACAACACCAGGGUCUGUGUCUCCAGCUGCCCCGCGGGCCACUACCACGCCGACAAGAAACGGUGCAGGAAGUGUCCUCCCAACUGUGAGUCCUGCUUUGGCAGCCACGGCGACCAGUGCCUGUCCUGCAAACAUGGCUACUUCCUGAACGAAGAGACCAACAGCUGUGUCCCUCACUGCCCUGAUGGAUCAUACCAGGACACCAAGAAAAAUAUUUGCCGGAAAUGCAGUGAAAGCUGCAAGACGUGUACUGACUCCCACAAUUGUACAGAAUGUAGGGAUGGAUUAAGCCUGCAGGGAUCCCGGUGUUCCAUCGCCUGUGAGAAUGGACAGUACUUCAACGGCCAGGACUGUCAGCCCUGUCACCGCUUCUGCGCCACCUGUGCUGGGGCGGGUGCUGAUGGGUGCAUUAACUGCACGGAGGGCUACUUCAUGGAGGAUGGGAGAUGUGUGCAGAGCUGUAGUAUCAGCUAUUACUUUGACCACUCUUCGGAGAAUGGAUACAAAUCCUGCAAAAAAUGUGACACCAGCUGUUUGACGUGCAAUGGUCCAGGGUUCAAGAACUGUACGAGCUGCCCAAGUGGGUAUCUCCUAGACUUAGGAAUGUGUCAGAUGGGAACCAUCUGCAAAGACGGAGAAUACAUUGAUGAACAUGGCCACUGCCAGAUCUGUGAAGCCUCGUGUGCCAAGUGCUGGGGGCCGACCCAGGAAAACUGCCUUGACUGUCCCGUCACAAGGGUUUUGGAUGAUGGCCGCUGCGUUUUGGACUGUCCCUCGGGAAAAUUUGCAUUGAAGAACCAAUGCCAUCUAUGCCACUACACUUGCCAAGAAUGCCAGGGAAACGAGCCUUCCAACUGCACCUCCUGUGGAGUAGAUAAGCAAGGCCAGCAGCGCUUCUUGUACUGGGGGGAGUGUCGGGAGAGCUGCCCAGUGGGACACUACCCUGCAGAGGAGCACGUCUGCCUACCCUGCCCAGAUAACUGUGAGCUUUGCCACAGCGCAGACAUCUGCACGCGAUGCACAAAUGGCUACUUCAUAGCGUCCACCAACCACACCUGCCAGAAGUUAGAGUGCGGACCAGGUGAAGUCCAAGACCCAGACCUUGGAGAAUGCGUGCCUUGCGAAGAAGGAUGUUUGGGAUGCAGCUUGGAUGACCCAGGAACCUGCACAUCAUGCGUUACGAGGUAUUACAUGUUUGAACACCACUGCUAUAAAUCCUGCCCUGAGAAGACCUACACUGAAAAGUUUGAAUGCAAAGCGUGCACUGCCAACUGUGACAUCUGUGACCAGAAUGGGUGUUACUGGUGUGAAGAGGGCUUCUUUCUCCGGGGUGGCAGCUGUGUGAGGAAAUGUGGGCCUGGCUCCUACAGCGACACAGAGACGGGCAGCUGUGAGCCCUGCCACCGAGCCUGUGAAACCUGCACCGGCCUGGGCCAUGACGAGUGCAGCAGCUGCCCACCGGGACUCCAGCUGCUGCAUGGGACCUGCGUGGCUCCCACCCAGACCCAGACAGAAGGCAAAUUCUGGAAUGAACCUGUGCUCACUUCAAGUCCAUCUUUGGUGAAGAGCCUGCUGCAGAAGCAACGAAGGUGGAAGUUUCAAAUCAAAAGAGACGUUUUAAGAAAACAGCAGCCUUGUCAUUCCUCUUGUAAAACCUGCAAUGGAUCUGAAAGGCUGUGCACUUCGUGUCCGAAAGGCACGUAUCUGUUGGCUCAGGCCUGCGUCGCCGCCUGUCCCGAAGGCACGUGGCCCUCAGUGAGGAGUGGCAGCUGUGAGAACUGUACAGAGGCCUGUGCCUCCUGCUCUGGAGCCGAUCUCUGUGACAAGUGCCAGACGCAGCUGGAACACCCUCUCUUCCUCCACGAAGGCAGGUGCUACACCGGGUGCCCUGAGGGCUUCUAUGCAGAAGAAGGCAUAUGCAAACGCUGUAGCUCCCCUUGCAGAAAAUGUGAAGGAAAUGCCACCAACUGCCAAGCUUGUGAAGGGGGCCUUGUCCUGGACCAGGGAGUGUGCCAGGAAACCUGCUCUGAGAGGCAUGUGGCCGUGGAGGGGGUGUGCAAGCAUUGCCCAGAGAUGUGUCAGGAGUGCAUCCAUGAGAAAACCUGCAAAGAAUGCAUGCCUGCCUUCUUCCUACAUGAGGAUAUGUGCCAUCAGUCCUGUCCCCAGCAGUUCUAUAAGGAUGAAGACGCCCACCAAUGCCUCCCCUGCCACAAAGACUGUCUGGAGUGCAGCGGCCCCUCAGCAGACAACUGCAACCUCUGUGCUAAGUACUUCUCCGUUCUCUAUGACGGGCAGUGCUUGGGCAACUGUCCAGCAAGAACUUACUAUAAAAGAAAGACUAAUGAAUGCAAAGAUUGCCCCAGCUCCUGCCAGACCUGCUCCUCACCUGGGACCUGCACAUCCUGUCUGGAAGGCCUGAGGCUGAACAGCCACGGGGACUGCGAGCCUCACAAGGAAUGUGCCCCCUCCGAGUACUGGGAUGAGGAGGCUCUGGGCUGCAAGCCCUGUCACACCAAGUGCUUCCGCUGCACGGGGCCCUCCGAGGACCAGUGUCACACCUGCCCGAGGGACAGCCUCCUCCUCAACAUGACCUGUGUGCAGGACUGCCCUGAGGGCUACUACACUGAUGAAGACAGCCACCGUUGUGACCCCUGCCACAGCUCUUGUAGGACAUGUGAAGGGCGACACAGCACACAGUGCCUCUCCUGCCCACCAGGUUGGUUCCAGCUGGGAAAGGAGUGCCUGCCCCAGUGCAGGGAAGGAUAUUAUGCAGCAAACUCCACUGGACGGUGUGAGAGGUGCAACAAGAGCUGCAAGGCCUGCAGGGGCCCAAGGCCCACCGACUGCCUGUCUUGCGAUACAUUUUUCUUUCUGCUCCACUCCAAGGGCGAGUGUCGACGCACCUGCCCAGAUCAUUACUAUGCAGACCAAAAGACACAGACCUGUGAGAGAUGCCAUCCGACUUGCCAUGAAUGCAAAGGAAAAGGAGCGUUGCAGUGCUUAUCCUGUGUGUGGAGUUACCACCUGGCGGGAGGAAUCUGCACCUCGGACUGUCUUGUGGGGGAAUACAGAGUGGGAGAGGGGGAGAAAUUUAACUGUGAAAAAUGCCACGAGAGCUGUAUAGAAUGCAAAGGACCUGGCGCCAAGAACUGUACUAUGUGCCCCGCCAACCUGCUGCUGGUCAUGGAUGACAGCCGCUGCCUGCACUGUUGCAACACCUCUGAUCCCACCGAUACCCAGGACUGCUGUGACUGCCAGAAUACCACAGACGAAUGCAUCCUUCCAGCAAGUGAGAUCGGGUCUGCCCCUGAGCAUUCGAAGACAGCCUUGUUCAUCACCUCCUUUAUUAUGCUGGUGCUUCUGAUUGGGGCAGCUGUGAUCGUCUGGAGGAAAUCGCGGGGCCGAGCCCAGCCAGUAGAGAAGGGCUAUGAAAAGCUGGCUGACCCUAGCAAGUCUUACUCCUCCUAUAAGAGCAACUAUCGCGAGAGCACCAACUUUGAAGAGGAUCAGGUGAUUGAGUACAGGGACCGUGACUUUGAUGAGGAUGACGAGGAUGACAUAGUCUACAUGGGCCAGGAUGGCACUGUCUACCGGAAAUUUAAGUAUGGGCUGCUGGAUGAUGAUGAGGAAGAUGAGCUGGAAUACGAUGAUGAGAGCUACUCCUACCAGUAAACAGAGGCCACCCACCCCAUUCUACUCACAGGCAUGCAUGUGGGCAUCACGGUUUGGGGUUUUAUCCUCACACACCAGGUGGAUGUGUGGGUGUUUGCAUUUGUUGUCUUCACCAUGAUUCCAACUAGAUUAUGUAAGAAUGCUGAAACAUUUUAUUCAUCCUUUGAGUGGCUAAACCACAUAAACCAGAAUUGUUCAACCAUCAUUGAGGAGCAAGGAUAAAAUCUCGAAGGAUUUUCUUCAAAACAAUACUAGUAUGUCCAGACACAAAACACAGGAAGUAAAAACAAGAGAGAUUUGUACAAACUGUUCUUUGUGACUUUUUUUUUUCCUAAAAAAGGAAAUGGACCUAUAGAAAAUCUGUUUCAUGGCUGUAUUGUGGAGAUAUCUACUGCCUCUGGAAUUCUGAUAUUUCUGUCAAUGAUUUUGGGGGAUAAGGAGAUGAGUUGUUUAUCUUAGGGGAUUAGUCUCCCAAUAGCUCUCUUUAGGCAGAGAUUCAUUCUGUAAGGGCAACUAAAGAAGGUUCUCCUCCUCAUGCUAUUUAACAAUUGACUCCAGACAGCCUCUGGUGAACAAAACAGACCACCUCUACUGAGGCUGGUCACGACCUAUUUAGAGAUGAGGAGAGAAAAAGGAGGUAGCAUCACAGCUGAGGAAUCAUGUGUUUGCUAGGCUCUGGUUCAUCUGGUUAAUCCAGAGUCAUCGUGAUUCUAAGGGCAAAGCCAGCUCAGGCAAGAGAUAGCAGCAAACCCAGUAGGAAAGAAAUCACUAACUUUCCAAGAAUUGCAGCAUUACACCCUCAUGAUUUUCUAAGAGUGUUUCUGGUUGGAAACAUCAACUAAGACAUCAAGUAAUAAAAACAUAAUGGCUGAGUUAACCGAACAUAAAAUGGGUAGAAUGACCAAAACUCUAAAAAAAAAAAGGACUUUAGCUACUAAAUCGGAGAGCUUUCAUCAAUAGCCUGUCAUGGAACUGUGGACACUCCAUAGAAAAGUUGAAAUGGAGUCUCACAUGGAAAGUCCCAACUUUCUACUCACUAAUUUAAUCCAGGUGCUGACCAGCCUUCCAACGCCUUUUGUCCCUGUGAUUUUUGUUUCUAGACAUUCUAUGCCUCCCUUUUUCCACUUUCCUGUCAAGUACAUGCUGGAAUUCAUGCAUCCGGGACACUUUUUCUGCAGAUAAUGCAGAGAGAGGGACUCUUUGCUGUCCUCUUAAGAAAUAACUUAAGCAGGGUUUUAUGGACUUCUGGUCAAAACAGAAGUCAUAGACAGUACCAGGAACAGAUAACCACUUCUGGUUAGAAAGUGACAUUUUCAGAUGAUGAUGAUAAUUAUAAAAAAAACUUAUCGCGCACCUACUAUAUAUCAGGUACCAAGCUAAAUACCUUUCAAAAAAAAUUACCCCACUUAAUACCACCAUAACUUUAUGAGGUUGGUACCAUUAUUACUCUGUUUUAUAUGUAACCCAAGGCUAAGAGAGGUUAAGUAACUAGCCCAAGGUCACAGAAAGCUAAUCAAGAUUCAAGAAAAAAGAAUGGCCCUAUAGCACAUGUUCUUAAUAAUUAUGCUACACUGACAUAAAGUGGGAAAAGAAACAUCCUAAAUCUAAUAAAGGCCUGUCUAUCAUUUUAUUUUAUAAUAUGGCAACUGUAUUAUCUUUACUAAAUUUGUGCAUUUUAUUAUUUUUUAAAGCAUGAUGUGUCACUGACACAAGAAAUCUCUGUGAAGAAGUCUUCAGUUUAUAGAAGGCCACAGUGUUUCUUUAGGGGAAAGCUCUUAAAGGUUAGCAGACUUUCUCUGGAAAGGGCCAGAUAGUGAAUACUUUAGGCUUUGCACAACUACUCAACUCUACCAUUGAGGCAAGAAUGAAGCCAGCCCAUAACAAAUGGGUGGGCCGUGCUCCAACAAAACUUUAUUUAUGGACACUAACAUUUGGAUAUAAGAUAGUUUUUACAUAUCAUAAAAUGUUAUUCUUCUUUCAAUUUUUUUCCUUAAUCAUUUAAAAAUAUUAAAACCAUUUAUAGCUCAGGGAAAUACAAAAACAGGUGAUAGGCCAGAAUUGGCCAAUAGACUGUAGUUUGCUAACCUCAUCUUAAAAAUAUUCUUAAGAGCCCUAACCGGUUUGGCUCAGUGGAUAGAGCGUUGGCCUGCAGACU